AUGGCCUCUCGGCGCAUCACGCGGGAGACGUUCGACGCCGUGGUGCAGGACAAAGUGAAGCGGUACCGGAUGGAGCGCGGCGGCGCCCUGGAGGAGCCUCUCCAUCCCUUCAAAGCUCAUUCAAGGCCAGUCCCAAGACCGAGAUAUGAAGACAGUUUUCAUGAUGAGGGAAGAUACACGCAUGAUGAGAGCCAACACCAUCCCCAUGAUGACUGGAGUGAAGACCCUCGAGAUGAAUAUCCAGGACCUUCUUACAGAUCAGGCAGCCCUCUCGUAAGGAAAGAUAACUAUUAUCACGAACAGUACGGCCGCCCAGCAGCUCGUGACCGGGAAUUUGGGCGCCCGGCAUCCCAUGACAGGGAAUUUGGCCAUCCAGCAUCUCGUGACCGGGAGUAUGCGCGCCCGGCUUCUCAUGACAGAGAGUACGGGCACCCAGCAUCUCGUAACCGGGAAUACGGGCGCCCGGUGUCCCAUGACCGGGAAUAUGGGCGCCCGCUUUCCCAUGACCGGGAGUAUGGGGACCUGGCCUCUCAUGACCAGGACUAUGGCCAUCCUGAGCCCUGGGAGCCCACCGGGCCACAUGAAACUGACUUUAGUUCUCCGGAUAUUUUAGGUGACUUUAGAUCCCCAGGACUCAUGGAAGACGAAUACGGUAACAUGGAAAGUCAGGAGUAUGAUAUGGACUUUGGAAUUCAAAGCGACAGUGAGUUCAGGCCCCCGGUACGGAGGGGCAACCUUGGCAGGGGAAGAGUUCUGCGGGGAAAACGUAUUACAAGGGGUGCUGCCAAAGCUAAAGUAUUUAAAGGAGAUAUCAAACCUCCGCUAAAGAAAUGGAACACUAAAAAGCUGCAACCGGAGCCUGAACAGAAGCUGACUAUGCAAUCUGAUCAAAUGCCCGAGGCUGCCGAAUGUCCAAACCAGAGGCCGGUGACCAUCCCACACCCUAAUCAAAAGUUGCCUCCGCGUCCAAAUCAGAGACCAACUCUAACAACCCAGAGACCUAUCCUCAGACUCCCAAAGCCUGCUCAUGUUUUCAGAAAUCUCAGUUUUGACCUUGUGGACAAGUCUGACAUUUUUUCAACGUUUGGAAUAGAAAUCAUAAAAUGGGCUGGAUUUCAUGCAAUAAAAAAUGAUGCAGAAUUUUCCCGGCUCUUUGGAGCACUUUUUGAGCUAGAGACAGAAACCUGUGCAAAAAUGCUUGCUUCAUUCAAAUGCUCACUAAAGCCAGAGCACAGAGAUUAUUGUUUCUUUACUAUCAAGAGUUUACAACAUGCUGCUCUGAAAACUCCCAAAGUGGAUAAUGAGUUUUUAAAUAUGCUUUUGGACAAAGGUGCUGUGAAAACAAAGAACUGCUUCUUUGAAAUAAUAAAACCUUUUGAUAAAUACAUAAUGAGGCUCCAAGACCGUCUGCUAAAAGGUGUUACACCUCUGCUCAUGGCCUGCAAUGCAUAUGAAUUAAGCAUUAAAACAAGUGGUUUUGGUAAUCCCAGAGAAAUGGCAAAUGCUUUUGAGACCACUGUUUCUCUUUGUCGUAAGUCUUUAGCGCUUCUGGGUCAGACCUUUGCAUUAGCAUCUGUUUUCAGACAAGAGAAAAUACUUGAAGCUGUAGGGCUCCAGGAAAUGGCUCCUGCACCAACAUUAUUCCCCAAUUUUGAUGAUUCAACAUUGUUUGGAAGAGAGUAUAUAGAAAAUUUGAAGGCUUGGUUGGAGAAAAGUGGAUAUCCAAUUCAGAUGAAAAAAGCUGAACCAGAGUCCACUGUACAAGUACAGCUUAAAACAUCUCCUGACCCCAAAAUUAAGAUCCCCCAGCGAGCGGAUCGGAAAGUUGUAGAGACAAUUGAAAAGCUAGUGAAUAGCAUUGUUGCAGGAACCUUGUCUGCCAAAGAGAGAAACGCUCAAAAGAACUGUCCUGAAUAUUGGUUCUUGUCUGAAGAAGACAGCCUCGAAUACAAAUAUUACAGACUGAAGUUAUCGGAGAUGCAGAGACGGGCAUCGUCUGGCAAGGAAGCAGGUGGUGAGGGCAGAACACUAGAAGAAUCUGCAUCAGAAUCAGUAAGGGCCAUGUUGUAUGCCAGGAAAGUAGCAAGUAUUAAGAGAAGACUAUUUAAAAGGAAAAGUCUUGGCAUUAUUGCACAACGUGGAAUUACUCGAGGAAGGAAGGUGAGGAGGGCAACAACAGGGACACAGACUGUGCUGUCAGCUGGUACAAUGCUGAAACACCAAGACAAGCGCAUCCAAGGCUCAGUCCAGUCAAAGCCUUCUGUAUCAGAAACCAGCGUGGCCGAGAAGAAUUCCUCCUUGGAUACAACUGGGUCCUCACAAUGUCCAGAAGUUUCUCUGCCAGCAGAAGAAGGGGCAGAAUCUGAAGAUAUAUUGGCACCACCUGAACUUUUCCCACCAUUGCCCUCUCAGUUUCCUGAUGUGGAUGCUAAAACAAUGGAAACUGCUGAGAAGCUGGCCAAGUUCGUUGCUCAGGUAGGACCAGAAAUUGAGCAGUUCAGCAUAGACAACAGCGCAGAUAACCCCGAUCUUUGGUUUCUACAGGAUCGAAAUAGUUCUGCUUUCAAAUUUUACCGAAUGAAAGUCUAUGAGUUAUGUCCAUCUAUUAACUUCAGUGCUGUGUCAGAAACAACUGAUGCUGGGGAAGGUACUAAACCCGAAGAGAGAAAUCUGGAUAUUUCGGAGGAGGAGGAGGAAGAUGAUGAAGAGGAGGAAGAAGAAGAUAAUGAGGAGGAAGCCGAAUUUGAAGAGGACAGUUCCCGACCUUUGGAAGAAAUGGAAAUGGAGCAAGCAGAGGAGGGAGAAGAGGAGGACUUCUCAGCAGGUAGAAGUGAGGAGAACCCACCUGAAGAUAUGAUUUCCAAAACGGGAGAGGAAAUUUCAGCAGGUGAAAGGCAGCUAGCCACAUCAUCUGAUGGUGCUGUACCAAAUCUGUCAACACAGGCAUCUACUCCUGUUCCUGGUACCCUAUUUCCUCGCAAACGAAUCAGCAGCAAGUCAUUGAAAGUUGGUAUGAUUCCUGCCUCUAAAAGGAUAUGCCUCAUAGAAGAACCAAAAGUUCAUGAACCUGUCAGAAUCGCUUAUGAUAGGCCUCGUGGUUGCCCAGUUACAAAGAAGAAGAAGAAACCUAAAGAUUUAGAGUUUUCACACAAGAAACUGACAAACAAAAAUGUGGGUUUCCAGAUGCUUCAGAAGAUGGGCUGGCAAGAAGGACACGGCCUUGGUACACGAGGAAAAGGGAUCAGAGAGCCUGUAAAAGUGGGUGCUACCUCUGCAGGGGAGGGCUUGGGUGUUGCAGGGGAAGAAAAUAAAGAAGAUGCAUUUGAUGUUUUCCGUCAAAGAAUGAUACAAAUGUACAGGCAGAAAAGAGCAAGUAAAUAGGUUUGACAUAAGAGAGUCGCUUGCUAGAAAGUGCACGGAUAUGCAAAGGCUGCUGUGUGAAAGAUCUUCAGCAGAGCAUGCCAGCGUGGAGAACGCUCUGUUCUAGAGUAUCGGACUUGAAUGAUAACGUAUGAAAACAUUUUCCAAGAUUCAAGUUAGUCUUGUAUUUAAUUGUGCAAGCUAAUGACUUGGAUGUCAUCUUCUGAGGAAGAAACAACUGAAUCGUUCUCGGAAGUGCCUGAUUACCUCUCUCUUUGGCCAAGUUUGCUUGUUACAUGAUGAGAUGGGCUCCAAACAGAAUAAGCAACACUAAAAAUGGGACUCUCCAGCUUUGGUUCUGUUCCUUUCUGAAGCCAAGAACCUUUCAAAUUCUGAUCUUACUGCAAGGCAGUUCAGUUUUUAUUUUGGUAGGUUUUGUUGAUGGGCUAAUCUUUUGAUCUACUUCUGGAGUCUGUGGAAGGCAGAGUCCUUUCCUCCAUACAGCAAUUUUAAGAACAGUCUCCACUACCUGCAUGCUUAUUUUGUAUAAGAUUCUCUGCUUUAAGUGUAGGAUGGAUAAUGGUUCAUCCGAGUUUGAGAACACUAAACUCUUACUUGAAAACCUCAGCUGCUACGUUUUUUUCAUUGUAACGAACAAGCAGUACACAUUUUGAGUGUACUUUUAUGCUUUUACACAGAUCUGCAGCUCUUGUCCAACGAUUCUUGAAUAACUUCUUUCCUUCUCAAAGUUUAAGCCAUCAACAUGUAAUUCAUGUGUGUGCAGAAAAUACUGAAGAAAAUGCUUGGAAGUUAGAUGUUCAGAAAUCAUCUGGAAGCGGAUCAUCAGUUGUGUAAGACCAUCAGUUUAGAAUGAUUUCUGUUUCUAUUAAAUAGUUGCUUUGCAGAAGUUCUUUUAUUGAAUAAAUCCC